AUGGCUUAUUUAUUAUAUAUACUGUGUAAUGUAUUUUAACAAUUCUUAUCAGCUGUCAAAAUUGAUUGGAAAUACGUCAUAGUUUAUAAUUUAUCGGAAAACAUGUAAGAUAAUGUGAUAACAUUAAAUUAAUUCUAUAUUUGAAGGAGAAUCUAGUUCACGAUGUUUGACCACUUCUCUCAAAAUCCCCCCGCACCAAGUGAGCCGCCGCCGCCCCAGAAAGUUAUCAGAUUUGAUAAGAGCUAUUUUAAAACACUCCCUGGCUUAUUGAAAAUAGCAGCUUUGGUGUGUAACUUUGUGGGUUUCAUAUGUAUUAAGGUGUCAUUUUCCUGGGUGUCGUCAAUUUUCUACAACAUUCUGUACUGGUCGGGGAACAUUCUCACCACAUUUUUGCUGCUCAUGUAUGUGUUCCACUUUGUGGAGAAAUAUGACAGGUGGCCGUGGCUAAAGCUGGAGUUCUUCUACUGUGCUAUCAUGACCCUGGGAUAUAUUGCCACAACAAUAUUUGCUGCUACAAUAGGAGACAGCGCUGGUUAUGCCGUCACGUUCUUCGGUGUUUGUGCCAUCGGUGUGUACGGUUUGGACUGUUACUUGAAAUAUAAAGCAUGGAAGAGAGGCCUGCCACCGCAAUGAAGAUACAAACUUGCUUAGUGUAAGGAUAUAUUUAUUGUAAGGAAGCCCAAAUAAGUUUUCCAAGCAUUUUUCCACACACUUCACAAUGUCCUCAAUAUAUUCAAAGUCUCUGUACGGCCUGUUAUUACACCAUUUCGGUACUUAAUAAUGUUAAGCAAAGUUUAAACAAUGGUUGUUGUUGUAUGUUGCACAAAUUAUUAUAUUGAUGAGUGCUGAGUGAUGAGCGGUGAUGAGUGAUAAUGUUUGCUAUAAGUCAUAGUGUUUUUCUUAUGAUGCAAGUCUACUUUAAUAUUUACAAUUUUAGAAUGGCAUUCAAUUAUAAGAACCAAGCGGAGGUUUUUAAGCUGGGUAUCAUACUUUUUUACACCAAAUUGAGAGAUAUUUUUAAAAAAAAUUCACUAUUUCCUCGGUAAAGCAAUGAAGUCUAACGCAACGGGCAUUUACACUUAUGAUGGUAUUUUCUUAUGUUUUACAGUAUUUUACUUAACUAUAGUAUUAAUUUACUAAAAAUGUUAUAAAUCACGUUUUUAAUCUUUAUACGCUGUUAAGGUAUAAAUGUAUUUAACUUAUAAGGUUACUUAAUACUGUAUUGAAUUGAAGUUAAUGACAAUCAAAAAUAAACAAUGUUUAAAAAUUAAAAAUUGUUUUUGGACAGUUAAUUUAAUAAUUAAUUGGUGGGUUUUGGAGAAUAUAUAGUGUUAAGUGUAACUUGUGACAAUCUUUUAGAUCCUUAAUCGGUAUUUUAUAGUACCUUUCUAUGUGUACUGAUGCGAAACUAAAGUGCCUUCAGAUCUUAUGACACUGUGUUGUAAAUAUAUAUUUUUGAAAUGUUUGUAAAAAAUGUCUGUAAUGUUUAACAUAAAUAAAGACUACUUUUGAAU